AUGGAAUCCCUAUUGCCUUCUCAAGUUGCUUUGAACUUGCUUACAAAGCCUAGCCACUCUGUCAAUAUUUUCAAGUAUCUCGGACAUGUCAGUUCUGCUUACUGAGUGCUCAGCAGGCUUUGCAAAGCUACCCAAGAAUCCUUCUCGACAAAUGAUAUUGCUUUCCUGAGAAUACUGUCGAAGGAGGAGCUUGACUUCAAGUUCUACAUCACUGAUCUGUGUUCAUUCAUGCCAGUUGAGACUCUCAGGUUUUACAGUUUAAGAGUAGAUCUGUCUGAUCCAGAAGACAUUCGCUACUUUGAACAAAUAUGAUUUCAACUCAUACAAUUCGAUAAAGAAAAUCAAGGCCUUGAAUAUUCUGAGGAAAAUCUGUGAAUUGUAAAUUAUGAUGGUUCCCCUCAACUUAUGAAUCCCUUCAUCAAAGCAGACGAAAUUACUCAAGAAAUUGAGCAAACUCAAAAGCUUGAAUCCGAUCCCAACAAAACUCAAAAGCUUAAGCAGAUGCUUGAUGUUGUAAAACAAGCCUGUGUCAGAACUUAUCUAAAUUUAAAGGAAGUGAAGAUCGAUGGAGAACUAAGCAGUGAACUCUUGGAUCUACUCAUUAAAAGAAAGCCAUACUUACUAAAGUAUCCAUUCAAAUCAAUAUCUGUUAAGAACAAAGACCUCCCGGAUAUUUUACAGGCCAAGUCAAUUAUAUUGAAGAAUACGAUGAAAUGUCUAAACAAGUACACAGAAAUUUUACAGAGAGAGACCACUUUUAGAGAUAUAUUUUAUAACUUCUACUAUGAGUUCAUGGAGGAACAUAUCAAACAGAUUAAGUGCAGUUCAAAAAUACUGACUGUUCAGACCUAUACUACCAUCAAUCCAUUAGAAUUUGUUAGUCUUUUGGGAAAUCAUCCAACAAUGUUGAAAGAUGCAGAGGUGGUUCUCCUCAACAUCUUAAGAAAUGUUGACACUGUCCAGAAUUGGUACAAGUUUGCCAAAGCCAUGCUGACUAAUGAGGAGGAAGUCUUUGCACCCAAAAUGAAGCAUUUCGAACUUACUACAUACGGAUAUGGAAGAUUUAAUGGAACUUUUCUCUCUUUAGUUGACCAAGGAGUCUCCAAGCUAUACCAAACCCACCCAGAUUUUCAGAGGUUGAUUGUCCACUCACGUUAUGAAAGAAGGUAUAAAGGACCAACUCCAAAAGGAAGACAACUAGAGCACAUAAUAAAGGAAGGAGAAUGGCCAAUGAUGAACAAAGUAAAUAUCAUCUCGCAUGCUGAAAAUACAACUUACAGUUAUUGAAUCCAAUUUGAAACAGGCAAUUUCAAUGCUGAAGUGUUCUGUGACACUCAUGAGGACUCUCUUAUCUUUGGCAACAUCCUGAAACUUGACUUCACCAACAUCAUGAGUGUAGAGCUGGUACCAGUUCCAAAAAUUCCAGAAGAAAUCCUUGAAAAUGCCAACAGAAUCUUAGUUGCGCCAAAAGGUAACAUUCCUUAUCCUGAGAUAUUCACUGAGGAAGGAGACUAA